GGAAGAGAAGAGAGACACGGGGGAAAUACGAAGUGAUUACAAGAUUGAUUAGCGGAGACUUACUUAAAACCACAAAUAAAUAUGAUGUUCAUCGGUUCAGUUGUCCUUUUCCUCGCUGUAACAGCAAUCAAUGCACAGAAUAAUUGCUCAGAUAAUAAUUCUAUUUGCGUCAGCAUUCACAACUGCCCGAAAAUUUUAGCAGUCUUAAGAGGUCCAAAACCAUUGUCGCCACAGAUUAUAGAAACGCUUAAGAAUACGCAAUGUGGUAUCGAGGACAAAUAUCCGAAAGUUUGUUGUGCUCGGCAACAGACCACAGACGCGUUGCUAUCGAGUGUAGAUCGUUCAAAUUCUGAGGAUACUUCAAAUCCACCGGAUGUGACAAACCAUCCAAAUCUCCAUCUUUUAGACCAUGAAGCAUGCGGUUUUCUCACCCAGUCAAAGAUAAUUUUUGACAACAAAACCGGUAUCUUCGAGUAUCCUUGGAUGGCACUGAUCGCAUACGAACGCGCCGGAAGACCGGGUCCAAAUUUCCUUUGUGGCGGUACAAUCAUUUCAUCGCGCUACGUUCUCACCGCUGCUCACUGCGUCACAUCACUUCCAGACAACGUCAAACUGAUAGGCGUCAGGGUAGGGGAUCAUGACAUAAGCAAGGAACUUGAUUGUGAGACAGAUAGCGAAUUUGAGAUUGUGUGCGCUGAGAAGUAUCAGGAAUUCAAUGUGUCAAGCGUCCACUUUCAUCCGGAGUACUCAAAUAGUACACAGCAAAAUGACAUUGCGCUAAUCAGGUUGAAUAACAGCAUAAACUUCACACCUGAGAGUGUCAAGCCCAUUUGUUUACCCUUUGGUUCUGCAACAAACCUAACUCAUAGUAAGGCUACAGCGACUGGGUGGGGUUUGAUGGAGUAUGGCGUGAGCAGCCCUUACCUUCAGCAGGCAAAUCUACCGGUGAUUCCAAAUGAGCAGUGUGAAGAAAUAUAUAGAAAUAUUAAGUCCGCCAGGCAGAUUUCGUACAAGCAAUUGUGCGCCGGCGGUCAAAGAAACGGGGCGACCUGUAAUGGCGACAGCGGCGGGCCUUUACAGAAGCCGAAUAAAUACAACAACAAGACUGUGCGCUACGUCCAGUACGGCGUGGUCAGCUUCGGAUUGUCGCCAUGUGGCAUCGAGGGUAUCCCCGGAGUCUACACCAGAGUCUCCUACUACAUGGACUGGAUCCUCAACACUAUGACAAAUUAAAGCGCAUAUAAAACCUUGUGGAACAUAAAUCUCUCACGUGUUCGCAAAAACUGUAAUUUUACGAGACGUUUGAUAAAUACAUAAACAAAGUUAUUUUCAAAUAAUUGACAGGCUGAGUAAAAUUGUAACAAUAUAGAAAAGGAAUAUCUUGAAUGCUUGUAUAAGUUUUAUGCUUCUACGAAGAUAAUCCACAAGAAAAUACUGCCGUUAGUGCGUAUUUUAAAUUAUUAAAAAUUAUUAUUGAUUAAAAUACGGUGGAUACCUGUCUGGGCGAUGAAGUCCUUUGCAAGCGCGUAGUGUAUACAGCACCUUAGUUGGCAUGGUUUAACACGGCAUGGUCAGUUGGAGUGAUGUCAUGCGGUGUCACAGGCAUUUCCUAUGUCUCCCAGAGUCGCCUAUUAUAUAGACUGGUACAACACUAUGACAAAUUAAAAUACAAUUUUAAGACAUAACGUUAAAAUGCAAGACUCUCAUGCGUUUGAAAUUGGAAAUUAGAAUUCAGUUAAUCAACAUAAAACGGAUUAGAAUUUAAAAAAUUAUUUGAUUGGUCAAAUUCUAAUCUACAAUUCACAAUCUUCAAUAUGUAGUCUAAUACAAGCUUAAUGAAAUAUCCGCUUGCUCUCUCAUCAAAAAUCAUAAAAGUCUAUUUAGCUGAAGAUUAAUUCUAAUUUUAUCCUUAAAGCAUUUAUUUAAAAGAUGCAAUCUGAUUUGCAUUCUCUGGAAUUAAUUAGCUCUAUAGAGAUUUAUUUAAAUAAAAUAUUAUAUAUUAAUAAUUUUAUGUCUUUGAAAACAUUAGUAAACAAAAUGUGGCAAGAAAAUAUAUACAAAAAUUUCUCAAAUUGAAAAUAAAUAAACUAUAUGUAUUAAAGAGAUAAAAGAUGAAACUCUAACAGUACAUAAUAAUCAUAUUUUUCUUUGUAUUAUAUAUGGAAAAAACUAAUAAACAUACUCAACAAUUCUAAGAAGAGAUGUAUAAUUAAGUGGCAUUAAAUAUAAUAAUACUUCUUCGUUUUAUCUCCUUUUAUAAAAAAAUAAUACACAUUUUAUAGAAGUAGUCUACUGAUAUUUUUAGCGAGUUUUAUUCAAAGUGUAAUAAACUCUGAAUGGAAUACAAGAAUUGUUCUCGAGAAAUGAAUAUUCACAAAGAAUGUUAGCUUAUAAAAAUAUCAGUGUGUAAAAAAAGUAUUUGUAAGUUUUUAAUAUUAAUAAAAAGAAAAAUAUUAAUAAAAAGA